AUGUUUGCCAGAAUGUCUGAUCUCCAUGUUCUGUUGUUAAUGUUUCUGGCGGGAAAGACAGCCUUCGGGUUCUCCCUCCUGUCUUUACUCACCGACAUGGACCCAGAUUGGACUCUCGACCACUAUGAGUACAGCGAAGAGUAUUAUGACCAGGAAGGGAAUGCCAGCAGUGCUCUUGACCAUCCCGAGAACCCUGACUGGUACUACGCAGAGGACGAUCCAUGCCUGUCCAACCCCUGUGCACAUGGUGGGGACUGCCUCAUCAGCGGGGCCACAUUCACCUGCAGCUGUCCAGCCCCUUUCUCUGGAAACAGGUGUCAGAAUGUGAAAAACAAAUGCAAGGACAACUCAUGUGGCCGAGGAGACUGUCUCAUUACUCAGACUUCUCCUUACUACCGCUGUGCCUGUAAACACCCUUACAGGGGUGCACACUGCUCCACAGCGGUUCCUGCAUGCAGGCCAAACCCCUGCCAAAAUGGCGGCACAUGCUCCCGGCAUAGGCGGAGAUCCAAGUUCACCUGUACCUGUCCUGAACAGUUCAAGGGGAAGCUCUGUGAAAUAGGUUCUGAUGACUGCUAUGUUGGUGAUGGCUACUCUUACCGAGGGAAAGUGAGUAAGACAGUCAACCAGCACUCAUGCCUUUACUGGAACUCCCACCUCCUCUUGAAGGAGAAUUACAACAUGUUUAUGGAGGAUGCUGAGGCCCAUGGGAUUGGGGAGCACAACUUCUGCAGAAACCCAGAUGGAGACAAAAAGCCCUGGUGUUUCUUUAAAGUAAACAAUGCAAAGGUGAAAUGGGAGUACUGUGAUGUCCCUGCCUGCUCAGCCCUAGAUGUUGCCAACCCAGAGGGAAGCGUCACAGAGCCCCUGACCAAACUUCCCGAGUUUGACUCCUGCGGGAAGACUGAGAUAGCAGAGAGGAAGGUCAAGAGGAUCUAUGGCGGCUUUAAGAGCACAGCGGGCAAGCACCCAUGGCAGGCGUCCCUGCAGACCUCGCUGCGACUGACCAUCUCCAUGCCCCAGGGCCAUUUCUGUGGGGGGACACUGAUCCGCCCCUGCUGGGUGCUGACUGCCGCCCACUGCACCGACUUAAAAGCCAAAUAUCUAAAAGUGGUGCUAGGGGACCAGGACCUGAAGAAGACAGAAUUCCACGAGCAGAGCUUUGGGGUGGAGAAGAUAUUCAAGUACAGCCACUAUGAGGAAAGAGACGACAUUCCCUACAACGACAUUGCUUUGCUCAAACUAAAGCCAGUGGAUGGUCACUGUGCUCUGGAAUCCAAAUAUGUGAAAACUGUAUGUUUGCCUGAUGGUCCCUUUCCCCCUGGGACUGAGUGUCACAUCUCCGGCUGGGGUGUUACAGAAACAGGAGAAGGGUCCCACCAGCUCCUGGACGCCAAAGUCAAGCUCAUCAGCAACGCUGUGUGCAACUCCCGCCAGCUAUACGACUACAUGAUCGAUGACAGUAUGAUUUGUGCAGGAAACCUCCAGAAGCCUGGGCAAGACACCUGCCAGGGUGACUCUGGAGGCCCUCUGACCUGUGAGAAGAACGGUACCUACUACAUCUAUGGGAUCGUGAGCUGGGGCCUGGAGUGUGGGAAGAAGCCAGGAGUCUACACCCAAGUGACCAAAUUCCUGACUUGGAUCAAAGCCACCAUGGAAAGGGAGGCUAGCUUUUGA